GUUGGGGUUACCUGUGUCUUCCCCAUUGACUUGGCAAAGACCAGGUUGCAGAACCAGAGACGAGGGCAGCAGGUCUAUAAGAGCAUGAUGGACUGCCUUGUCAAGACAGUUCGAUCAGAAGGAUACUUUGGAAUGUACAGAGACUUGGGUCCCCCUGGGAUAUUGAAGGCUAGCCGAUAAGGCGCAGCCACGCUGGAGGCAAAUCAUUAAAUGGUUCUUACUAUAUUGCUCUAUUUUAAAACUAUAGGCACAAGUUUUUGUUUUGCCAUCUGUUUGUUCUGUAAUUUGACUUCUUAUUAGUAACUACUUAACCUGUCUCCACUGUCCUGUCCACAUGUCUUCAACUGUCAUUUUCAAGUCUAUAACUCAUGUCCUUCAUAGACUUUGGUUCAGCUUCCAAACAGCUCUGUAGUGAACCAAGUUUACUUUGGAUAAAAUGGUUCCUCAGACGAGUCUAUAAGAUUGCUCAAAGUCUGCUCACAUAGUGCAUAGUCUGUCCUUUCACUAACAUCUCGUAAAUCUUGUAUGUUUUCGUUAACCUCUUUGCAGACUUGUAGUCAUUCAGUAGACACAAAACUUUCCUUUGAGCUUUCUCCAUUAAGUGGGUCUUGUUGGCAAACACUUACUUCAUUUCAAAACUUCAUGUGUGCAUCUUCAGCUGGAUAAUUUAUUACCAACAGCUGUCCCUCUGUCUUCUGUUUGUUCUCAUUUUCUCCUCUAAACACUUUUUUUUUUUCUUUCUUUUAAAGCAAAACUCCAUUUUACUGAAGCUUCUUAAAGUUGAGCAUUUGUCUUUGUGUAGAUUAGCUUUACGUUUAAGUAUUACAUUCUAAUGUUGUAAUGAUAGUGACAGGGAAUGUUUAUUUGUCCAUGUUCUGAAUGAAACCUGAUAGUGGCUUCAGUGCUAACUGCAUGUGUUUUUUUCCCUCAGGUGCAGCGGUAAAUUUGACCUUGGUCACGCCUGAGAAGGCUAUCAAGUUGGCUGCUAAUGACUUAUUCCGACAUCACCUCGCCAAGGAUGGGAAGGGUUUGACAGUGUUCAAAGAAAUGCUAGCGGGUUGUGGUGCAGGCAUGUGCCAGGUUAUCAUCACUACCCCCAUGGAAAUGCUCAAGAUACAGCUCCAGGAUGCAGGCAGGCUGGCGGCCCAGCAGCAGAAACCAGUCAUGAUGUCUCCCACAAAGCUUGUGGCCACCAACACUGUGCUCACCCGCUCCUACAACUCUGGCACCGUGGUGUCAGCACCAAAAGCUGUGUCAGCCAUGCAGAUUGCAAAGGAGCUCCUGCAUACGCAGGGAAUCCAGGGCCUCUACAGAGGCCUGGGAGCAACACUCAUGAGGGAUGUUCCCUUUUCCAUUGUUUACUUCCCAUUGUUUGCAAACCUGAACCGCCUGGGCCAACCCAGUCCUGCAGAGUCGUCACCCUUCUAUUGGGCGUUUCUCUCAGGCUGUGCUGCAGGAUCUGCUGCUGCGGUCGCUGUCAACCCCUGUGAUGUGGUAAAGACGAGACUGCAGUCUCUGAACAAAGGGGCCAGUGAGGAGGCUUAUAGUGGAGUUGUGGAUUGUGUAAGUAAAAUAAUGCGGAAGGAGGGACCCUCAGCCUUCCUGAAAGGUGCGGGCUGCCGGGCUCUAGUCAUCGCACCUUUGUUUGGAAUUGCACAGGUCAUGUACUUUGUUGGUGUUGGUGAAUACAUCCUGGACAACUCGCCUCUCAGCUUCCUCUCAAUGUGAGACCACUAAAGCCCGCUGAGCACGCACACGACCUGGUGGGACAACUGGCAGCUACAUACAAUCACUUUACAGUAAAGCAGAGAAAUUGUCUGAGUCGGGACUUGAAGAUGUGAAGACCUAUGAUUUUUAACAACCUGUAUGGUCGACAGCUGUGUUGCACUUAAACACUUUUGUGACUUCUUCAAUAGACGAGGCCAUUGUACUUUUAAGCUGUUGGCCUUUCUUCUGCUUGGGGAUUCUGAGUCACAAUGUUAAUCUUUCUUUAUCCCCAAACAGUCAUGUUUGGUUUCCCUCUGUGAGGGAGGGGAGUUCAUGUCAUUAAAGAGACCUUUUUUUUUUUUUUAUUUUAUUUUUUUGCAUAAUAAACUUUUGUAUUGUUUUGUAUGCAUAUAAUAGUUGUUUGACAAAGCAAGAACUUGAAAUUAUUUCAAUAUUGUUUUUUUUUUUUCAUUUCCAUUGCAGUUCGUGAUUCAGAGCAUUUCACUUGGAACUAACAAUUUAUUAAUCAUACAUAGGGCCCAGUUUACAGAAUUAUUCUUAUAUUUACAUUUCCUAUAAUAACUUGAGUGUAGAUGUGUAGUGUGACUGAUUUUCAGCCUUUCUUAUUGGUAAGGGACCACAUGGUUCACCCAACUGUUUAAGUGUCCUCAUCUGUGCUGAAUAGUGCACUGCUGCUGUUUCUGGUCUGCUGAAUGCCAUCUUUAUAUCAUUGUGAAAACUUGACAUCAUUUAUUUACAUUAUGUUUGUUUGUUAAUACGACUUCACUUGAAAUAUUUUCAUAUACUUCAUUAUAUAUUAACUUAAUGUCAUUUCUGGUUUUAUGCUCCUGCAGAUCAGUUAAGUAUUUGAGUCUGAGAAGAAACAUAUUUAGCCUGAAAUGAGCAUUACUGUUGAUACUGUGAGAAAUGACUGUUAGCUGUUUUUGUACACAUUGUAUACAUUAAACUUGCAAUUCACCCAC